AUGAUUGUUCCAGUUAGAUGUUUUUCCUGCGGAAAGGUGGUCGGUGACAAAUGGGAAGCCUACUUGAACAUGCUUCAAGAGGAUGAGCUUGACGAAGGAACGGCACUUACAAAGUUGGGGCUGAAGAGAUACUGCUGCAGACGUAUGAUAUUGACUCAUGUGGAUUUAAUCGAGAAAUUUUUGAGAUACAAUCCAUUAGAAAAACGCGAUUAG